AUGCUGUCCCCUCAGAGGGCUUUACUCUGCAACCUCAACCACAUCCACCUCCAGCAUGUCUCCCUGGGCCUGCACCUGUCCCGCCGCCCUGAGCUCCGGGAGGGGCCCUUGAGCACAUCCCCUCCCCCCGGGGACACCGGGGGCAAGGAGAGCCGGGGGCCCUGCAGCGGGGCCCUGGUGGACGCCAAUUCCAACAGCCCAGCUGUGCCCUGCCGAUGCUGCCAGGAGCACGGGCCAGGCUUAGAAAACCGGCAGGACCUAGCACAGGAGGAAGAGGGGGCCGCCUCUCCCUCGGACCCGGGCUGCUCCUCUUCUCUCAGCUCCUGCUCCGAUCUUAGUCCCGACGAGUCCCCCAUCUCGGUGUACUCGCGGGGCCUCCCUGGCGACGAGGAUGUCCACCCUCAGCCCAGCAUCAUCCCCCUGGAGCAGGGAUCCCCACUGGCUUCCGCAGGCCCUGGCGCCUGCUCUCCGGACAGCUUCUGUUGCUCGCCCGAUUCCUGCUCCGGAGCAUCCUCCCCCCCGGGCCCUGGUGUGGACUCCAACUGCAACGCCCUGACCACCUGCCAGGACCCCGUUUCCCCAGGGCUAGAGGAAGAGGACAACGGUGGGGAGCAGGACCUCCCUGCCUCCGAGCUCCCAGAGGCGGAUGAUGGGAAAGCCGACGCUGGGAAAACCGAGCCCAGUUGGAAAAUCAACCCCAUUUGGAAAAUCGACAGGGAGACAACUGACGCGGGCUGGAAAACCACGGAGAACAAUAACUCCGGCUGCACAAUCAGUGGGAAUACUAACUCUAGCUGGAAAACGGAACCUGGAAAACUCGAUUCCAGUUGGAAAAGUAGCACAGGAAUAACUGAUCGCAGCUCGAAAACAGAUGCGGGGAAAACUGAUGCGGGGUGGCGGAGUGACGUCAGCGAGGAGCCGGCGUCCCACCGGACAAUCACGUCCUUCCACGAGCUGGCCCAGAAGCGCAAGCGGGGCCCGGGGCUGCCCCUGGUGCCGCAGGUCAAGAAAGACCGCAGCGACUGGCUCAUCGUCUUCUCGCCCGACAGCGAGCUGCCCCCCAGCGGCUCGCUGGGCGGCUCCCCGGCGCCGCCCCGGGAAGUCACCACCUUCAAGGAGCUCCGCUCCCGGAGCCGGGCCCCGCCCCCGCCGGUGCCGCCCCGGGACCCUCCGGCCGGCUGGGCCUUGGUGCCGCCCCGGCCCCCGCCCCCGCCCGUGCCGCCGCGGAGGAGGAAGAACCGGCCGGGGCUGCAGCCCAUCGCCGAGCGGCCGCCCGAGGAAGGCAGGGCGGGCAGCCCCGCGGCCGGCCAGGAGGCCCCCGCCGCCCGGAAGCCCGAGGAGUCGGGCGCACAGUACGGCCGUGCGGGUAAGCGGCCGCGGGGAACUGAGGCGGGGUAGGGGCAGGGAGGGGCCGAGCUGCGCCCGCCCCGCGCGGGGCUGCGGCAGCUGGGCGCGCCGAGGCCCCCGCAGAAGCAGCUGCUGCCCGUCCGCCUGUCCCCGGUGGGCGCCCACUCGCCCCCGGCUCGGGGGGCCCUGCCCUGCCUGGCCAGCCCCGAGCUGGCACUGCUGCUGUCCCCGCUCUUUCCCAGAAGCAGCACCUUCCCCGCCGCGGUCCCCCCGCCCCGCCAGGUGCCCGUCCCCCCGCUGCCACCGCCGCCGCGCCCGCCGAAGGCCCCCCGCCGGACCAGGAGCCCGCCGCCUCCGCCCAGGCUACCCCGGAGUUCCUGGUCGUUCGCCGGCGCCCCCGGGGCCCAGCGACGGUGGAUGGCAGAAGCCCAGAGCGGGACUGGCCAGCUGCAGGAGCAGAAGAAAGGGCUCCUGAUAGCCGUGAGCGCCUCGGUGGAUAAGAUCAUCUCGCACUUUGGGGCUGCCCGGAACUUGGUUCAGAAGGCCCAGUUGGGGGAUAGCCGGCUGAGCCCAGAUGUGGGGCACCUGGUGCUGACCACCCUCUGUCCGGCCCUGCACGCCCUGGUGGCCGACGGGCUGAAGCCCUUCCGGAAGGAUCUCAUCACUGGGCAGCGCAGGACCAGCCCCUGGAGCGUGGUGGAGGCGUCGGUGAAGCCAGGCGCCAGCAGCCGCGCGCUGGGGACCCUGUACAGCCAGGUCAGCCGCCUGGCCCCGCUGAGCAGCAGCCGCAGCCGUUUUCACGCCUUCAUCCUGGGCCUCCUCAACACGAAGCAGUUGGAGCUGUGGUUUUCCAGCCUCCAGGAGGAUGCAGGCCUGCUGUCCCUCCUGUACCUGCCCACGGGAUUCCUGUCCUUGGCUCGGGGUGGCUGCCCGGCCCUGUCCGCGGAGCUGUUGCUCCUGCUGCAGCCGCUGUCAGUGCUCACCUUCCACCUGGACCUGCUCUUUGAGCACCACCACCACCUGCCCCUGGGCCCGCCCCCCGCCGCUUCGGCCCCGGGCUCGCCCCCCGCCCUGCGGCAGACGGUGCACGCCGUGCUGCACUGGGGGGGGAGGCUGGCCCAGAGCCUUCGGGGGGCUUCCGGGGAGACGCCUCCGGGCCCUUCGGCUCCCGCUGGCGCCCCCACACCAGGCAGCUGGUGGGAGCAGCUGACCCAGGCCUCCCGGGUCUACGCCUCCGGGGGCGCCGAGGGCUUCCCUCUUCCCCGGUGGAGGUCGUGGGGUCCCGGGACGGCGGCUGGAGGCCCACGGGAGAGGCCUGUGCCGGCAGAGGACGCCGCACCGGGCCGAGGCGUGUGGCUGGGGAGGCUGUUUGGAGUGCCCGGGGGCCUCACGGAAACUGACGGAGGAACCGGGAAGUCCAGGAGACCGUCCAGCUGGCUGCCCCCGACAGUGAGUGUGUUGGCUCUGGUGAAGCGGGGGGCCCCUCCCGAGCCUCUCUCGCCUCCUGAGGAGCUUGAGGCCUCCGUCGCCAGCGUGGUGCAGACCCACAGGGCCGUCCGCGCGCUCUGUGACCACACCGCGGUGGGACCCGACCAGCUCAGCUUCAGGCGCGGGGAGGUGCUGCGAGUGGUCGCCACCGUGGACGAGGACUGGCUCCGCUGUGGGCGGGAUGGCGCGGAGGGGCUGGUGCCCGUGGGGUACACCUCUCUGGUCCUCUAGGCCGAGCCCCUGUCCCGUCCGUGUCUCCCUCCUGCGCCCUGGGAAUGGAACGGCCCCGGGGCCACGGGCCUGUGCACGCCGGUGGCCGCAGAAGCGUCUGCCCCGCCACAAAAUGACUCUCUCCCCUCCCCACGGCCAUGUGUGCGAAUGGGAAACCAACUUUCCUUCUUCCCUCUCGUGCCAUCUGUAAGGUGAAAUCUGCUUUUUCGAAAUGUGAAAAGGAGUUUCCCUCCAGCUCUCUCCUCUUCCCCACCUGCGCGAGGAAACGUCUCCCUUCCCAUCUGCACAGCGGAAACCGCGCCCCUCUGCCUCCUUCCUCUGUGAGUGGACUGUGCCAGUACUGCGUGCGCCUCGGAUCCCGAGACUGGAAGGGCCUCGAGUGUCCUUCCUGCGUAUGGACCCCCCCGACCCGCGCGCCACCCACGUUGCCUGUAUUUAUUAUGUACUCAAGCUGUGCCGGGUGCUCAAGUCUGGACCCCCCUGGUGGGUGGGUCUGUGGUGUUGGUCUGCCCGCCCCCUCCUUUGUCCCAA